AUGACAACUCCAGAUGUUGUCGAGCAGUCUGCAACCCCCGAGAAGGUCGCUUCGAUCGACGCUGCCGAUGAGAAGCCUGGAGCCGCUCCUGCAAGAUCGACAUAUCCUGGACUCACAGGGUUUUUCCACUGGCACGAGCCCGGCACUUCGAAAGAGGAGAAGAGACUAAUUUUCAAGCUCGACUGGUUUCUCCUGUCCUACUCGUGCCUCUGCUUCUUCAUAAAGUGGCUCGACCAGAACAAUGUCACCAAUGCUUGGGCUUCUGGUAUGUCUGAGGACCUCAACUUUGGACCAGGCAAUGAAUUGUCAUGGAUGAACACAUUUUUCAAUGCCGGGCAACUUCUUGGCGGACCUUUCGCCAACCUCGUCAUCACGGUCGUCCGGCCGCGGUACUGGCUGCCAUUCUGCAUGAUGGCCUGGUCCAUCUUUGUUCUCUUCCUGUACAAGUGCAAUCGCGCCGAGGAGUUCUACGCUCUACGCUUCUGUAUUGGGCUCUUUGAAUCGGCAGCGUGGCCCGGCAUUGAGUAUACUUUGGGCUGCUGGUAUCGCAAGAGUGAGCUUGCUAGACGUUCGGCUCUCUUCGUCAUCUCUGGCGUGCUAGGACAGAUGUUCUCGGGCUACCUGCAGGCCGCACUUUUCAGCGGCAUGGACGGGCGUCUCGGGCUCCGCGCCUGGCGGUGGCUUUUCAUCUUUGACUUCCUGCUUGCCGUCCCCGUGGCGGUCUAUGGUAUUAUCUGCCACCCCGAUACCCCAGAGACAACGAAGGCAUUCUACCUUAACGAGUGGGAACGCAAGCGCGCCUGUGAGCGUAUCGAGGAGGAGGGCCGCAAGCCUCACGGAAAACUGGACUUUACUCUGAUCAAGCGCACAUUUGGCAGCUGGCAGGUGUACGCCUUUGUCAUCGGCUAUGCCCUGUGGUCACUUACCUGCGGCAACCUUGUCAUGCAGUUCUUCACCUUGUACCUGAAGGCCAGUGGCCUCUUUUCAAUUCCACAGAUCAACUCGCUGCCCACCGCCAUUGGCGCCGUCAACUUCUUCACCAUGGUCUCCACCGGCUAUGUGGCCGACAAGAUUGGAAGCCGCGCCCCGGUGUGCCUGUUCGUCGGUCUGAUGCUGGUGAUGAACUACACCAUCCUGACGGUAUGGAACGUCUCGCACAGCGCCAAGAUGUUCGCCUUCAUCUUCAACGGCGUCUACGGAUGCUACACGCCCUUGCUCGCGGGCUGGUGCAACGAGACCUGCGGUGGCGACCAGCAGAAGCGCGCGUUCAUCCUAGGCCUCAUGACCUCGGUGGGCCCCGCUGUCGUGAUCCCCUUCCAGCAGCUGCAGUUCCCCAGCUCCCAGGCGCCCGCGUUCUCGGCCACGCAUGGCUGGGGCAGCGCGCUGGCGUUUGUCGUCGCGCUCACACUCUGGACCAGCGCGGGUAUCCCUGCGCUGCAGAAGUAUUUUUCAAAGAGGGUGCAGACAGAUGAGUUUGCUUCUGAGCAUGAGGUCGAGGCUACGAACUAG